AGUCUCUCUCUCUACGUAAUGUGGAAACACCGGCAACCGGCACUCGGCAUUUCACCGGUUCGAUUCCAACUAUAGAAAUGAUGUAAAAUUGAUAAAAUCAUUAUCAUAUUUACAAUUUGUUUAAUGUUUAUACACAAUGUCAAAUAUCUUUUGAAUUAUUAACGAAGAUCCACCAUGAACGUAGAACAAAAUUCAUUAUCCCACUACCACAAGGCACUACUAGCCACCAGUGCAAGCACCAUAUUGCAGUCAGGAUUACUACUAGAUGAAGAUUUGCAAAUUCUGAUAAACUUUUACAAACACGAUCCCUCAAUCACAUUUCCAGUCUAUACUCCAUCUUUAUUUUUUAGAAUAGGCCUAGCCUCAUUUGUGGGAAGCCUUGUGUUAGCUAACAGAUUCACAAAAUGGCUCGUAUUACCUUCAACAAUGAUGGCGACUGUAGCAACUGUGGUAGAAGUAAAACAGUCUCGCAAAAUCACAAACAGAAAAGAAAUUGUGGAAAAUGUAGUAAAUAUUUCGAAAAAGAUCAACACACUGAAUAGUUCUAUAAAAAAAUAUUUAAAAACGAGAAUUGAUAUAAAAGACAAAAGCCAAAAUGAGUUCUUUCAAGGCUACAACAUACAAACUCACGAAUUUUUGAAAAAUAUGAGGGACGACGAAAAAAUGUUUGUCGUAACCAUCAUGAAUAAUUUGGAAAUCCUUACGAACUAUUCUGAUAACCUAAAAGACGAUUUUAACUUAUUUAAAGACUUCAAACCUUUAGACAAAGUACAACUUGAAAAUAUAGAAGAUGGAUUAAAAUUCAUAAUUCAAGUACAGGAUCUUCAUAUUUGGAUAAUAUCAAAGUUACUUAGCUAUAUUAGUACCGUAUCUCUUGGUCCAAAUAACAAGCUUGAUGCAGCAGCUGUAAAUACCUUAUUUGAUGUAACACUAGAUUCUUUGUUGCGUUUUUUAAAAAAUCACUACGAAGUAACGAGAAAAUCGUUUGCUAGUUUGCGUAGUUCUGUUCAUACAUUACAACAAAUCAGAACGGCCAAAAAUGACAAGCCAAUCAUAUCGAAUAAGCUGCAAAAUACUUUGAUGUCAGCUUUAGAUAAUAUAUCGAUAAUUUACGAAAAAUCUCAAACUAUUUUAACUCGUUUAGAAGUUAGUGAAAGUGAAUCUUCUGAGCACCUAGAUACAGCUCUUCUAGAUCUUAGAAAUCAUACAUACGCAGCAUAUGAAUCGGUUGAUUUACUGUGUCGAUUAUAUGGUAUUUUAACGUCUCAGAAAAUACCAGCUGAGGAAGCAAAAGUGAUACAAGUGAACAGCAACACAGCAAAGCUUCCUACCAUCAACUACGACGAUGAUGUCAAUGUUGUUGAAGAAAAUUAUGAGCUGUACUUGGACAAAGAUUACGAAGAAUCUGUAGAGGAAUCAAGAAGCCAUAAAGAUGAAUCGUCUGCUUACUUAGGCUUGAUGUUGGCUGAAUUACAGCAAUCUUUGAAGAAACAUGAGAGGUUUAUAGAAGCCAAGAAAAAAAGAGGAAGUGUUGACCUCAAAGAGAUUGUUGAAAAGGAAGAAGUGCCUUGUUUUAAUUUGGAUGAAUUAAAAUGUGACGUAAAAAAUGAAGACAAUAAAGAAGUCGAUAAUGGCGCAAAUGCAGCUGUAGCUAGUUUGUCCGUUGUUGAACAACCCAUAUCUCCUGUUCCUCCUCCUCCACCACCUCCAAUGAUUCCAAAAGUGUUUCAGCUGGACGAUGUUUUACCUGCUGAGCCACACUCUAGGUCGAUGUUUGAAGGGAUUAAGAUGUUGUCUAGUCAGUUAGCUAGGGACGAGGAAGUAUUUGGUGAAUCAGGAGAGGAAGACGAAGAUGAUUAGUGUGUUAACUGUGCAUUGAAUAAAAUAUAAACGAAUUUAA